AAGACGGCCAACAGAGGGCCCUAUUCUGUCUCAUUCUGGUAACCAUGGAAACUCUUAACAACAAAACAAAUGACAACAACUUUCACAAAAUAAAGUUUCCUGUAUGCUGAUCGGUGGAGGACAAUAUGGAAGAGAACAGAUUAUCAGCUAAUGUGAAUUUUACAGCAGAGUCAGCUCAUCUUGUAAAAACCCUGCUGUACAAACACCGCCACACUAUCACGACGGAGCAGGAGGAGAAGUGUCCUGACACUGGAAUGAGGAAUGUUAACUGGGUUGCCACCAAAGACUUCACGGUGGAAUUGGGGAAAAAGCAGAUUGGGGAGUACAUCCAGAGCUGGGAGGUGCAGCCCUGCUGGCUUUACAGUCUGGAUUUUCUCUACAGGACCGAGGAGGAGCAUCACACUUUCUACCAUUACCGGGCCCGCUUUAGCACCCCGACCUCGCGGAAGCCGAUCCAGGGGACGGCAAGUGUCUACUUCGUCGUAGACGUGUCUAAAGUUAAAGCCCAAACUCUACCCGUGGAGGUGCUCUUCGUGGUGGAGUCAAACAGGCUGGUACACACGCCAGGGAGGACGAGGUUCAGAGAGAAGUGGCUGGCGGAUGUUAUUGAGAGUAAAGCUUUGCUCCAAAAAGCUGUGCAACUUUGAAUGGAUUGAUAUUUAACACCGCCGAGCGAAGUUACAUCCAGCUAAUAAGUGUGGACUUUACAAUCCACACGGUGGCUGUGGAUUUCCCGUUGCUCGAAUUAACCCACUUUGAAAUAAAGUACCUAAACAUGAAA